CAAGCCGUGUAAGCUCCGGGGCUGACAGCUGGGAGGCAGCUGGCGCAGUCGGAGCCCCCCAACGAUGUCCCCUCCUCCCGCGUCGAACCGCCAGAGUUGAGUCCUCUCCUAGUGCCGGAACCUCAUCCAUCUCUUUGAGUAACUCCAAUGUUUCGCUUGGAGCCCAGGCAGACCUUGAACUCAAGGUCCUCCUGCCUCAAGUCCCCUGAGUAAUAGGGAUUGGAAGGCCUGAAACACCACACCCAGCUGAUACUCCUGAAGGCUUUGUCAGAAGUCCCAAGUCUUGACAGUUUGCAAGAAGAAAGCAGGCAAUCAGAUCUGCCUGUCUCUGCCCACAGGUGCUGGAAUUAAAGGGAAGAAACCAGUUCCACCCAGUAUCUUUCAUCCUUUCCAAGACUGGAAACCUAAGUCCAGGUAGCCACAUCUGGUCACAGCAAGUCAGAGGUUUGGAAUCAGCUGAUACCUGUUUAUACUGAGAAAAACUUAAUCUAGAGCCAGAGUGGCCUACCCUGUUCACUUUGUCUUUUCUUGUUUCCUUUGCUCUAUAAUUCAAUGACCUUAUUGGCCAGGUCCUUUUGCACACUAGAAUAGCCCUAGGCAAGGUCUCUGAGGUCACAGAGCAACUUCAUUCCCCUCAGCUGACUCUGUACCCACUAUGGAACAACCUCAGGCUGAGUGCCCAGCCCCCAGUAAGACCAACAGUGCAGAAACUGUUGAAUCUGAAAAGCACGAGGCCCUGUCUGGACCAGAAAAGCAUCCUCAGGACAAGGACGGUGCAGAUGCUGCACCAGAAAAGCAUCCUCAGGACAAGGACGGUGCAGAUGCUCAUGGGGAAGCAGGAAAACAGAAGUCAGGAGACCAAACUUUGCCACCAGUCCAGGAUGGGGGAAAUCUUGAGUGUCCUCCUCCUGAAGCUAGUUCAAGUCCUCCUGGGCCAGCUUGUGGGAUACCAUCUGAGGUAGAGACAACAGAGGCAUGUUCCAGGCCGCAGCAGCUUCCCCAGUCCCCCAGGAUCCAACAGCCUGAUCUAGAUUUCUACUGUGUCAAGUGGAUCCCCUGGAAGGGAGAACGGACCCCCAUCAUCACCCAGAGCAGCAAUGGUCCUUGUCCUCUCCUGGCCAUCAUGAACAUCCUCUUUCUGCAGUGGAAGGUAAAGCUGCCGCCUCAGAAGGAAGUGAUCACAUCAGACGAGCUCCUGACACAUCUUGGAAACUGCCUUCUGUCCAUCAAACCCCAAGAGAAGUCUGAGGGCCUUCAACUUAACUUUCAGCAGAAUGUGGGCGAUGCAAUGACGGUGCUCCCUAAACUGGCCACAGGUCUGGACGUCAAUGUGCGAUUCACAGGCGUCUCAGACUUCGAGUACACACCGGAAUGCAGCGUCUUUGACUUGUUGGGAGUACCUCUAUACCAUGGCUGGCUCGUGGAUCCACAGAGUCCUGAGGCUGUGAGUGCUGUUGGGAAACUGAGUUAUAACCAGCUAGUAGAGAAGAUCAUCAUCUGUAAACACUCUAGUGACUCCAACCUCGUGACAGAAGGCUUGAUUGCGGAGCAGUUCCUGGAGACCACCGCAGCUCAGCUGACUUACCAUGGCCUGUGCGAGCUCACAGCCACUGCCAAGGAAGACGAACUUAGCGUCUUUUUUCGAAACAACCACUUUAGCACGAUGACUAAGCACAAGAGUCACCUGUACCUACUGGUCACUGACCAAGGUUUUCUACAGGAGGAGCAGGUGGUGUGGGAGAGCUUGCAUAACGUGGAUGGGGACAGCUGCUUUUGUGACUCUGACUUCCACCUAAGUCAUUCCCUAGGCAAAAGCCAUGGAGCAGAAGGUGGGAGUGGCUCUCCAGAGAAGCAACUGCAGGUAGACCAGGACUACCUUAUUGCCUUGUCCCUGCAGCAGCAGCAGCAGCCACAGGGCAUGCUGGGUCUCAGUGACCUGGAACUGGCCCAGCAACUUCAACAAGAAGAGUACCAGCAACAGCAAGCAGUUCAACCUGUGCGGACCAGGGCCCCUUCAUCCCCGGGUAGAGGAGCCACAUCUGGACGCCCAGCUGGGGAGCGGAGGCAGAGGUCGAAGACUGAGUCAGACUGUGUUCUGCUCUGACUCCGCCCCAUACAGCCUGCCCCGCCCCUUCUUUCAGAGGCCUUGACCGGCAGGACCCCGCCCCACCUCAAUCCUUGAGGCAUACAGGAUAACCUGUAUGCGCUAUUGGGGAUCAGAACAGUGGGUGCCAAGAUCAGACUUGGUACCGUCUUUGCCCUUGUACUGCUAUCUUCUCUUCCUCUCAUCCAGGGCCACAUGGGUAUGGGUUGGGUGAAGAUCUCUGGUUCCCAGUCCCCUUUCCUGGAUUAGUCACAUGGAUAUGCCGACCCAGGCUGCUAAGUGAGACACCCAUCUCCUGUGUCCUUGCCUGUCUGGUUGUUCCUGGGCUUAACCGCACAGGCCUGUCUUUGUUUUAGGGUUUGGUUUGGGUUUAUAUCUUUAUUAUUUUUAAUGCCUUCCUAGGGGUUUGGAAAUAAAACUCCUUUCCUGA